AGUACUCUUCCCACAUGUCCACACUACCAGACGUUUUCACCGACCCAGAGGACUCCCAACUCGUUGCCGACGCUAAGAAAGACAAGCCCGAAGACCAUGAGUUCAGCUACACCGAACGCGAUGUCAUUCUCUACAACCUUGGCGUCGGCGCGACAGCUAAAGACCUGCAAUGGACCUAUGAAAGCCACGAGGAGUUUGGGGCACUUCCAACGUUUGGAGUGAUCCCGCAAUUCGCAGCCAGUUCUGGUGUUUCACUAGGCUGGCUGCCGAACUUCAAUCCUGCUAAGCUUCUUCAUGGCGAACAGUAUCUGGCUAUCAAAAGCCCUAUACCCACAGAGGGAAAUUUUGUAAAUGAAACCAGGCUCUUGGAAGUCCUGGAUAAGGGCAAGGCUGCUUCGGUCACCACCAUAGUGUACACGAAGGAUGUAGCCACAGGUAAUGUGAUCUUCGAAAACCAAAUAACGGUCUUCAUUCGAGGGGCCGGCGGCUUCGGUGGCAAACGUUCUGGCAGAGAUCGAGGCGCUGCAACAGCCGUAAAUACACCCCCAAAUCGUCAACCUGAUGCUGUGAUCGAAGAGAAGACAAGCGCCUCGCAAGCUGCACUUUACAGACUAAGUGGUGACUAUAAUCCUUUACACAUUGAUCCUAGCUUCGCGGCAAUCGGCGGGUUCGAUCAACCCAUUCUUCAUGGUCUAUGCUUCAUGGGGAUCGCAGCAAAGCAUGUUCUACAAUCUUUUGGUGCCUACAAGGAUAUUAAAGUUCGUUUCUCCGGUGUAGUAUUCCCUGGUGAGACGCUUGUCACGGAGAUGUGGAAGACAGGCAACAAAGUAAUAUUCUCCGCUAAGACAAAGGAGCGAGGAACCACAGUGCUGGCCGCAGCCGCAGUGAUACUUAUCGAUACCGAUAUGAUGGCGAAACUCUAAUGCGGUACGUAACGCAGAUUAGUGUCAAGGUUUGACGCUAGCACGUCGUAAGCGUGCUCACGGUCAGUUGUACACAGGGUUUGUCGAGGGGUGAGAACGCGAAGAGAUAUGAUGUGUCAAUUCACAAAGAGGGACGAAGGAUAAGAUUGUGUUAAUAUUGUAUUUCCAGAGUUGCUACUAUAAACACAGUAGAAGGACCGACCGAAGGGGUAUUCUUAUAAAUAUAUUGUGCUAGCCAAAAACGGCUAAGUCUUCAAUAAUUUA